CGUAUUUAACCUUGGUGUCGCCACCCUCCUCAUGAUCGUCAUCAUCGUCUCAGCCACAUUCUAUGCUCUUGUCGACUGGAACGCCAGCAGGAUCAUGAAAUCCAUCAAAUCUCUCAUUGCAGAAGAAGCUUCCGUCAUUCGUGAAGGCAAGCAACAGCUCGUACCUGCCAAUGACAUUGUCGUUGGAGACAUCGUCGUCCUCUCCACCGGCGAACGCGUCCCCGCCGACUUGCGCAUUGUGCAAAUGUCUUCCGACCUCAAGUUCGAUCGUUCCUUGUUGACUGGCGAGAGUGAUAUGGUCCCUGGCUCUCUCGACUCCACCGCAGAUAACGCUCUCGAAACCCGCAACCUCGCGCUCACCUCCACGUUCGUCACGCAGGGCACUUGCCACGGCAUCGUCUUUGCCACCGGAGACAGAACCGUCAUGGGUCGCCUUGUCUCAAUGUCCGGGGAAACCAAGUUCAAACUUACCACCAUCCAAAAAGAGAUUUGGUUCUUCACGAAAGUCAUCUCAGCCGUCGCUUUGAGUUUGUUCUGUCUCAGUUUAUUGUUGUUUGGCGUGUGGUUGAGGACGAGUUAUCCGGGAUAUGAUACGGUGUCGAUCGCGAUCGUUAAUUCGAUUGGGUGUUUGACAGCGUUCGUGCCGCAGGGCCUCCCUGUCUGUGUCGCGCUUUCUCUCACAGUCAUCGCCCGGCGCAUGUCUAAGCGCCACGUCCUCGUCAAAAAUCUCGCCACUAUCGAAACAUUGGGAUGUAUCUCCGUAUUAUGUUCGGACAAAACGGGGACAUUGACCGCUGGAAAGAUGGCUGUCGAGUCCGUCGCGUUCCUGGAUGCCGCCUACAGCGCUAAAGAUUUUAUUGCGAACUUUACCGAUGCACUUUCAUGCACCAUUGCGCCGACUUCCACUGGAUCUGCCUCGCAGACGCGUUCGCCCUCUCCGCUCACUUCUUUCUCCUCCAACCCUGUCCACGUUCUUCAUGCCAUUACACGUCUCUGUAACGGGGCCAAGUUUGCUUCGUCUCAUGAUUCUUCUACGAACGAAAAAUCUACCCCAGACUCAGAGCCUACGAUCAAAGGAGACCCCACUGACACUGCCAUCCUCAAAUUUGCAACCUCGCUCUCUGCCGUGGAUAGCACGGCAAGGGAGAAUUCGGGGAAGUAUGUCAAAGCAUUCGAGAUCCCGUUCAAUUCGAAAAAUAAGUGGAUGAUGACCGUUGUGCGAGACACUUCUGUUGCCGCAAUGGUGGACGAGGUGGGAGACGCCGCAAUCGAGAAGAAAGAAUCUCGGAAACGCGAACCAGACGUAGUACCAACACAGGAAGGAACAUGGAUGUUCGUCAAAGGCGCCCCUGACAUCCUCUUCCCAGCCUGCGGGACGGUGAUGUUGUCGGACGGAUCGGUUAUCCCGUUUGGGGAGGCUGAACGAGAGAGGCUUGGUGCGAUGCAGAGCGAGUGGUCUUCCGAGGGACAGAGAGUAUUGGCUCUAUGUCAAAAACCACUUCCGCUAUUCAAAUCUUCCCUUCCACCUUCCGAUCUCGAGGAAAGUCUCUACAGCGAUCUCCAUUCCCUCACACUCGUUGCGCUCGUUGGGAUUCGUGAUCCUCCCCGUGAGGAUGUCCCGUCCGCGAUCGAGGUGAUCAGGAGGGCAGGUGUGAGGGUUUUCAUGGUUACUGGAGAUUUCAGGUUGACGGCCGUGGCUAUUGCGAGGCAGGUUGGGAUCGUCACUCAACAACAGAUCGACACGAUCGCAGAUGUUCGAUCACCUGUUCUGUCAGGGAAAUUCCCUUCCGGCACCAUCCCUGCACCUCUGAUCAAACCGUCCCCCGACGACCCCAUCCGUUCGCUUGUUCUAACAGGCGAGGAUGUCACCUCCCUUACACCUCACGACUGGGAUAUCAUCCUCUCUCACUACACUGAACUCGUUUUUGCACGCACAACGCCUGACCAAAAAAUGAAAAUUGUUGAGUCGAUCAAAGCGCGCGGCGAUAAUACCGUUGCCGUCACAGGUGACGGUGUCAAUGACGCCCCGGCGCUCAAAGCGGCGGACAUUGGCGUGGCCAUGGGUGCUGGAAGCGAUGUCGCAAAGGAAGCUGCGGCACUGGUAUUGUUGAAGAAUGAUUUUGCGAGUAUUCCAGUAGCAAUUGAGAUGGGAAGAUUAGUAUUUGAUAAUUUGAAGAAGGUAACGUUGUACCUGAUGCCUGUUGGGUCGUACACGGAAUUCAUGGCCGUGCUCUCCAACGUUUUACUUGGCAUGCAAAUCCCGCUUUCAUCUUACCUCCAAGUCUGCUUCUCGAUUACCAAUGACGUUGUCAUGUCCAUUUCGCUGAUGUAUGAAAAAGCCGAGGCUGACCUGAUGUUGAGGAAGCCGCGGAAUGCACGCACGGAUCGAUUGACAGAUUGGAGGUUGUUCUUCCAAAUCUAUUUGUUCCUUGGUCUCAUGGCAUGGCCUUGUGCUAUGUCCAUGUGGUUCGUCUACAUGCGUCAGCAGGGACUCGGAUUUUAUGAUGUUAUAUUGGUGUAUAACAAGUGGUCGGACGGAUGGAAAGGAUAUACCCUCGAUGAGCUGACGACCUUUGUGAACAGGGGACAAUGCAUCUACUAUGUUACGAUGGUAUUCAUCCAAUAUGGAUCCCUCCUCGCCAUCCGUAACAGGCGUGUCUCCAUCUUACACUCCAACCCACUCUGGGGUCCCCGUCGAAACCUCCUUGUCCCGGUCGGCAUGAUCGGUACUGCUCUCAUCGCUGUCGUGAACCUGUACGGCCCAGGAUUGCAGAAGGUCUUCUCCACGACGCCGAUUCCGAGGAUGUUCUGGGGUCCGCCGUUUGGAUUUGCUUUGGGGAUAUUGUGUAUGGAUGAAGUGAGGAAGGCAUGCGUGAGAGCUUGGCCGAACUCUUUCAUCGCCAAGAUGGCGUGGUAACGUCUCUGGAUCGGCCUUCGACGCGGACCUAUACACUCUUACUGGCGUAGAAUAGAAACGAAAGCGAGCGUACUUUUGCUAGCGUUCGACAGGUCGGUCUCUGGUAUACGAGAAAACGGUACUCCGCAUAAUAUGGAGGGAUGUGAUUAUUCCAUCAUCUGUAUUAACAUAUAUAGAUAGAUAAAACUUCGGGGAUGAGGGUAUAUC